UACAUCUUCGUGAACAUGGCUGUUUAUGAGGCUCUCACUUGUGGAAACACAGAAAUACAGGCCCACGACCUCCGUAGCAUCAUGCAUCGGUUGUCAACUGUGGAUAAACGCCAGAAACGUACAGGUUAUGCGCUGGAGUUUCAGCGUUUAGAAGCUGUUACUUCACAAAAUAGUCAAGAGAAACCUAUAGAGAACAUAACGCAUUUAUAAUGACACAAGCUCCCAUGGAA